AUGAGGGUGCCCCCAGACGAUGAGGGUGCCUCAAGCGGCGAAGGCGCCUCAAGCGGCGAAGUCGCCGAGGGCGCCUCGAGCGACACUUCGCCGGCCUUUGUCGCUUCUCAGGUCGUUGAGGGCGCCGAAGACGAUCAGAGCACCUCGAGCGGCACUUCUCAGUUGGUUGAAGGCGCCGAGGGCGGCGAAGUCGCCGAGGGCGCCUCGAGCGGCGCUUCGCCGGCCCUUGUCGCUUCUCAGGUCGUUGAGGGCGCCGAGGACAAUCAGGGCGUCGCUUCGCCGCGCGCCAGGGACACCGCGGUGCAGAAUCAUGUGCGCGGCGAGGAUGAUGCAAGAUAUCCAGUCAAUGGCUCGGCUUCUGAUGUUGCUAUACCUGAUAGGAGCGGGAAGAGAAAGAAAGAGCUGCAAGGAGGAAGCAAGCACAGUGGUAAACGCGUGAAGCUGGCAGACGAACGACGAACGACACGUGGCUUCACCAACUUAACGAUGAGUUCUGAUUUCCGGGAAUUGACAACAAAGGGGAAACAAACUCGGCCAAUGUCGCAAGUGAUGGCUCAAUAA